CGGGAGAGGGGCGGGCGGCGGCAUCCGUGCGGUCGGCAUCCCUAGGCGCCUGGGGCGACUUCCUGGGGACCUGACCGCUCGCUGCCCCGCCCUCUGCACCCCACUUCUCCUACCCUGUUUGACUCUACCCCGAACCCCACGAGCCGGAUUGAGACCCGCUCCGUGCAGCAGCCGUCGCCGCCUCUCCUCCGGUCUUGGUGCUCUGCCUGGUGUCCCCCAAGGAGCCAGUGCGCGCUGCGGGCUGGGAGGGAGGCGCCGCUUCGCCGGUCUCCGAGCUGCCGCCGCCGCCGCCGCUGCUGCGGGUGCCGGGUCCGUGCGCACCCCAACACCCCCGCCAGCCCGGCCUUGGGACACCUCUCCAGAUUUUGAUUUGGAUGAAAUAGCCCAUACAAAAAGCUGUGCACAUGCUUGGGACUGCGUGAUAAAGUUAAAAGGACUUCAUAACUGCUUCCUGCACUUGAAAAGUUCAGAAAACUCUCCCUUCAGACUCUGGAAUUCUGUACAUUUCAGCUGAGACUCAUUUCAAUGUUUACAUGUCCUGCUUGCUCUUCUGCUUGCCGCUAAAUAGUGUUCACGGCUUGUUAAGGCUCACCAGCAGCAAUAGCAAAGCCUGUUUAGCAAGCCACCAUGGCUCGGAUGAUGGGCACUGUGACAGCAGCUUGCCGCAUGGUGCUGGGCUUGCUAAUGACGUCAUUUUCUCAGUCUUCCAUACUGAACAGUGAGUGUCCCCAGCUUUGUGUAUGUGAAAUUCGUCCCUGGUUCACCCCACAGUCCACAUACAGAGAGGCGACCACCGUGGACUGUAACGACCUCCGUCUAACAAGGAUCCCUAGCAACCUUUCCAGUGACACGCAAGUGCUUCUCUUACAGAGCAAUAACAUCGCCAAGACUGUGGAUGAACUUCAGCAGCUUUUCAACUUGACUGAGCUAGAUUUCUCCCAAAACAACUUUACAAAUAUCAAGGAAGUAGGGCUGGCAAACUUGACCCAGCUUACCACUCUACAUCUGGAGGAAAAUCAGAUUUCGGAGAUGACGGAUUACUGUCUGCAGGACCUCAGCAACCUCCAAGAACUUUACAUCAACCACAACCAGAUCAGCACUAUUUCUGCUAAUGCUUUCUCUGGCUUGAAAAAUCUCUUAAGACUGCACCUGAAUUCAAACAGAUUGAAAGUGAUCGAUAGUCGCUGGUUUGAUUCUACACCCAACCUGGAAAUUCUCAUGAUUGGAGAAAACCCUGUGAUUGGAAUUCUGGAUAUGAACUUCAAACCCCUCUCAAACUUAAGAAGCUUAGUUUUGGCGGGAAUGUAUCUCACUGACAUUCCUGGUAAUGCUCUGGUGGGCUUGGAUAGCCUGGAGAGCCUGUCUUUUUACGAUAAUAAACUGAUCAAAGUCCCUCAACUUGCCUUGCAAAAAGUUCCAAAUUUGAAAUUCUUAGACCUCAACAAAAACCCCAUUCACAAAAUCCAAGAAGGAGACUUCAAAAACAUGCUUCGGUUAAAAGAACUGGGAAUCAACAACAUGGGGGAACUGGUUUCAGUGGAUCGCUAUGCCCUGGAUAACUUGCCAGAGCUGACAAAGUUAGAGGCCACUAACAACCCCAAACUCUCCUAUAUCCACCGCUCGGCUUUCCGCAGUGUCCCAGCCCUGGAGAGCUUGAUGCUGAACAACAAUGCCCUGAACGCUGUGUACCAGAAGACUGUGGAAUCCCUUCCCAACCUGCGCGAGAUCAGCCUGCACAGCAACCCCCUGCGCUGCGACUGCGUCAUACACUGGAUCAACUCCAACAAAACGAACAUCCGCUUCAUGGAGCCGCUGUCCAUGUUCUGUGCCAUGCCACCCGAGUACAGAGGGCAGCAGGUGAAGGAAGUUUUGAUCCAGGAUUCAAGUGACCAGUGCCUCCCUAUGAUAUCUCACGACACAUUCCCAAACCAUUUAAGCAUGGACGUUGGCACGACAGUUUUCCUAGACUGUCGGGCCAUGGCUGAACCAGAACCAGAAAUUUACUGGGUCACUCCCAUUGGAAAUAAAGUCACCGUGGAAACCCUUUCAGAUAAAUACAAGCUGAGUAGUGAAGGUACCUUGGAAAUAUCUAACAUACAGAUCGAAGACUCGGGAAGGUACACGUGUGUUGCCCAAAAUGUCCAAGGGGCAGACACUCGGGUGGCAACAAUUAAAGUUAAUGGAACCCUUUUAGAUGGUACCCAGGUGCUGAAAAUAUAUGUCAAGCAGGCAGAAUCUCAUUCCAUUUUAGUGUCCUGGAAAGUUAACUCCAAUGUCAUGACGUCAAACUUAAAAUGGUCAUCGGCCACUAUGAAGAUCGAUAACCCUCACAUCACGUACACAGCCAGAGUCCCAGUAGAUGUUCAUGAAUACAACCUAACACAUCUACAGCCUUCUACAGAUUAUGAAGUGUGCCUCACAGUGUCCAAUAUCCAUCAGCAGACUCAAAAGUCAUGUGUAAAUGUCACAACAAAAAAUGCUGCCUUCACGCUGGAUAUCUCUGACCAAGAAACCAACACAGCCCUUGCCGCGGUGGUAGGGUCCAUGUUUGCCCUUAUCAGCCUUGCCUCCAUUGCUGUGUACAUCGCCAAAAGAUUUAAGAGAAAAAACUACCACCAUUCUCUAAAAAAGUAUAUGCAAAAAACCUCUUCAAUCCCACUCAAUGAGCUGUACCCACCACUCAUUAACCUCUGGGAAGGUGACAGUGAAAAGGACAAAGAUGGCUCUGCAGACACCAAGCCAACCCAGGUAGACACAUCCAGAAGCUAUUACAUGUGGUAACUCUGUGGUUAUUUUUGCUUCUGGUAGUAAGGAGCACAAAGACGUUUUUGCUUUAUUCUGCAAAAGUAACAAAUUGAAGACUUUUGUAUUUUUGACUUUGCUAGUUUGUGGCAGAGCUGAGAAGGAUGGGUGGAUAUUUCAAUUUUUUUUAGUAUAGCGUAUCGCAAGGUUUUGACACAGCUGGCAGUGACGCAAAACUUCCAGUUUGUGUUUGGUUUUUAUUAUCAUUAUUAUGAUGAUUAUUAUAUUAUUAUUAUUAUUAUUAUUUUAUUUUAGUUGUUGUGCUAAACUCGAUAAUGCUGUCCUAACUACAAUGCUCUAUAAAAUGAUUAAUGGCAGGCUGGGGUUCCCCUGUGCAUGACCCCUUCUUUUGAAGCCAUCAGUAGACAGAACCAAGUCCUCCAGAAGGCUAGCAUACAGUUUUGAAGCAACAUUAGACCUCUAGUAGCAACCUGGUCUUCAGACUUUUAAUUCUAAGCUAAGACUAGACUUGUUGCCUUCAUUGGAUGAUGUUAGUUGACUGUACUGUAAUGUUGUAUCAAUGGAACUGAAUGUUUGCCUUUCAGCAACAAGUUUUCUGUCCUUCUUCCUCUUUUGUUUGUAUUAGUUAAAGAGGCUUAGAACAAGCUAACAGGCAAUAGAAAAAUAUAUAUAUAUAUAUAUCAGAUUUUUUAAUGUAACAAACUACAUGUUAAUUGUUACUGUAUUCUUUUUAUCUUUAGUAGACACUUUUAAAAGAAAAGAUAAUUUUGUUGUGUUUAACUCACCAACAUGUGGUGUAUAAUGAAGACAGAACUAUAAUAAAUUAGUUUUGUUCUGAUUUUUUAGAACAUUUGCAGUAAUGUAUCAUUUAUAGUUCUUGCUCACGGAAGUAAUAGUUUUUACAUCCAUGAAAACAACCAAAAUAAAUCAGCUAUAGCAUGUGUCUUUUAUAGUUAGGCACUAAAAACUUUUGACUUCUCUUUUGUAAGAAAAAAAGGUAUCUAUUUUAAUUAAGCCAUUGUAAUGAAUAGUAUUUGUGCAUUUUAAAUAUUACCAGAUCCAGGAAAAAAAGGUAUAUUACUAUAUCCCAGGUAUAACUAAUACAUGGUUAUAUAUAUUUAUGAAUACAUUGGAUAUAUCAUUCCUUUUCUGUAUGCGCUAAGACCUGAUUUAUAGUAUCCACAUUUCCCAAUAUAAAACAUAGAGCUAUGUAAUUUUUCAAAGUGUAUUAUAGUGUUCCUUUUUAACAGCUGUCUGUGUGCCUAGACUCCCUUGUCACUCUGUAUGGACAUAUCUGCUGAGAUAAGUAAACGAUUACUAGGAGACAGAGCAACUUCUGUAUGGUUGGCAUUUUUUCCCCCAAGUAAACACACACACACACACACACACACACACACACACACACGCCCACAGAAAGUGAGAGAGAGAAUUAAAUACUUCAAAAUUAUACAGGAAAUGUGUAUAUGAAAUUUAAAACAGAAGCUGCUAGCUUUGCAUAGUUCUAUAAAGGGCAGGGGAGGAGAUUUAGAAGUAUAGGUUGGAGGACAAAAGACCCAUUGGAAAACUGCAAUUGAUAAGUCAGAGGAAUAAAGAAAGGCUGUCCCCAUGGCAGCUGCUGUAGACAUGCUGUGUACCGGGAAUGAAGAGCUCAUGAAAAGGGAUUCGGGAAACAGGUGUCAGAUGAGCCAAAGAAAGGACAAGAGAGCAAAAGCAUACUCCUGAUGAGGCAAGCUGAGAGAUUUCUUUCUUUGUCAAAUAUUUGGUUUUGUGAAUAGCUUUUGAAAAGAUCAUUUUCCUCUCUGUCCCAAGAACGAGAGAAUUCCAGAUGCUGAAACUGCAGGCUGUCUCAAAACAGCCAGCAUCUGAGCUGGACACAUUGUUUCUCAGAGCCUUCAAUCACAGAUGAAAAAUACCUGUCACGUCGAGAGGGCUUAUGACUCCCAGGACGAACCCCGCUGCCCAUUCAGAACUCUGUCCUUCAUCCAUUCCUCCAGGCCAAGCAAACCUCUGGACUUUUACAGUUCUGAAGAACUUCUGAUAUCCCUGUCAUAAAAAUGCAGCAUAUCCUGGAAUUUUCAUUUACUUGGGACAAAUUUUAGCACAAAGGCACACCAGAGGAUCAGGAACUUGUCUUAUAUUGUUGAGAAACAGAAUAGGAAGUGUUGUCUGUGACCACAUGGUUGUUCCUGCUUUUAACAUCUGCAGAGUGGUAGACCACUUACCAAUCUCUAUCUGCAAGCCCUGAAAAUGGUAACACAUGGCAGGCUGCAGUUGCAAGGAGGAGGCAUCAUUUAUCCCAUAAAGUAAUGAUUUUGAACUUGCACAGAAUAUGGGCUUAAAUAUGGUAGAGAAAAAGAAGAACUCAACCAUUCCCUCAUCCUUAAUAUAUAACAGGGACAAAGAAACCCAAGUGUUUGUGUCAACCGUAUUGUUUGCCUGAACAGUUUACUUAUUUUUACCAUCAACAGUUCUAAAUCUUAUCUUACCUUGUCCAUGUUAAUACUUUUUCCCUUGAUGAAAUAAGAUGGCUAAGCACUUUCUUCCUUCA